AUGGCUCCGUUGACUCCAAGAGUUGUGGUGAAGGUUGAUUUGAAGAAGAAGCCAUGGGAGCAGGAUCAGCCACUGCAUAACAGAUGGCAUCCUGAGAUACCAUCAGUAGCACAAGUUAAAGCCGGUGAGCUUUUCAGGGUAGAGAUGAUCGAUUUCAUGGGAGGUACUGUUAAGGACAAUAUCUCUUCAGACGAUAUUAAGCACGCAGACCUUUCAACUUCUCAUUACCUGAGUGGACCAAUCAAAGUUGUGGAUGAGGAUGGUGUUGCAGCAAAGCCAGGUGAUCUUCUUGCUGUUGAGAUAUGCAACUUAGGUCCUUUACCUGGAGAUGAGUGGGGUUUCACUGCUUCGUUUGAAGAGAACGGUGGCGGUUUCUUGACUGAUCAUUUCCCUUGUGCAACCAAAGCUAUUUGGUACUUUGAAGGGAUCUAUGCCUACUCUCCUCAAAUUCCUGGAGUAAGGUUUCCGGGUUUGACACACCCUGGAAUAGUUGGCACCGCACCAUCGAUGGAACUCCUGAAAAUAUGGAAUGAAAGGGAGAGACAAUUGGAAGAAAAUGGUGUCAAGCCGUUUUCACUGUGUGAGGUUGUGCAUCAGAGGCCACUAGCAAACCUACCAAAUACUAAAGGAUGCCUCCUAGGGAACAUUGAGAAGGAAACACCUGAAUGGGAAAGGAUAGCAAAGGAGGCGGCAAGGACAGUACCUGGAAGAGAAAACGGAGGAAACUGUGAUAUUAAAAACCUAAGCACAGGCUCUAAGAUAUAUCUUCCGGUGUUUGUAGAAGGUGCUAAUCUAAGCACUGGUGAUAUGCAUUUCUCUCAAGGUGACGGUGAGAUUUCCUUCUGUGGAGCCAUUGAGAUGAGUGGCUUUCUAGAACUCAAGUGUGAAAUCAUAAGGAAUGGGAUGCAAGAGUACCUCGCGCCAAUGGGACCUACUCCUCUCCAUGUGAACCCAAUAUUUGAGAUAGGUCCAGUGGAACCGAGAUUCUCAGAGUGGCUUGUCUUUGAAGGUAUCAGUGUGGAUGAGAGCGGGAGACAGCACUAUCUUGAUGCAACAGUUGCUUACAAACGGGCGGUUCUUAACGCCAUAGAUUAUCUCCACAAAUUCGGUUACUCAAAAGAACAGGCAUACCUGUUGCUCUCAUGUUGUCCAUGUGAAGGAAGAAUCUCUGGGAUUGUUGAUUCUCCAAAUGCUGUUGCUACACUAGCAAUACCUAUUGCCAUCUUUGAUCAGGACAUUCGGCCAAAGACUCGGAAGGUUCCAUCAGGACCGAGGAUAGUGAGGAAGCCGGACGUACUGAAGAGCACAUAUGAUGGCAAUCUUCCGAUUACAAAGAAUCCAAGCUGUUCAACAUAGCUUCUACAACAGAGAAGCUAUAUAUAUUAAAUCUAGACUGUUUAAUUAUGAAAUAAAGAGACAAAAUGUGGUUUUCGUUAGUUGGAAACUACUAAACUCAAAGUAACCAGAAGGUAAUGAAUAGGCGUCUGUAAUGUUUAUUAUGCACUCUCAUUUCAGAGUGAAUGCAUCAGGUUCUGUCUCAAAAUA